GAUACAAGUGAUAUUUAUGGAAGUUGAAAUGAACCUGUCGAUAUUUAACACGAUAAUAGAUCGCUGAGAGCGUAAGAAAAGAUGGUAAGAAGUCGGACCCCUUCUCAAGGGGGUGGAUCGCAGAGUUAUGAAAUGGAACGGAAGUAUUCAGUUCCAUCUAACCCGGAUUUUCGACCAUUCUCAGGUGCCGCUAGUGAAGAUCUGCAUGCGUGGUCCAUCUACAGACAAAAUCUCAAUUCGGAUUUCACGGAUAGUGCUUUAGGUUCGACCGAUAAAAGUCCUCUGCCUUAUGGAAACUUUCAGUUGAGAGACACGACGGUUCAAUCCAUCCUGUCGCAUCCAAGAUAUGGGCCCAAAUCAGCUUUGGGAUCCAACAUGUACACCUACUUAAAAUUUGGCUUGCCACGAGUUUUUCCACCAAAUCAAGGUGGGUCCAAUACAUCUGGUACGCCGCAGCAAAUCAACAGGGGACCUUCAACACGCCCUCGAACUCGAAUGCCUAAAGCGGGAACUAGAGGCCCAAGGGAAGGCAGCUCAGGCUACGACAGUUCCGACAACGAAACAACAAAUCAAUACAAACAAAGCAGGAAGUACCGCUCCGACCCUGACUUCCGUAUGCAGAAUCUUCAUCCAUCGUAUCAUCACGGACACGGGGCAGGACCACCGGAAGUACCUCUAGCCGCGCUACAGCAGGGUGGAAUUAAAACCACGGACCAAUGGAACAGGCACAAAAGUAAUUCGGAAGCGAAUUUGUUAUCCGCCGAAUACGGUCGAACGGCAAACCGUCGGUGGGUUGAUUCGAGACGGAAUAGCGUCGCCGAAUUUGGCGCUCAUAUGCACGAUGUUGUUGACCACAGUGCGAUGAGCAAUUUAGGGCGACCUACUGAAAGUCACAUUUCGCUACCGGCCUCACGGCGGCGACAUUCUGUUAUGAGGGGCGACUAUUUAAAUCGCGACGACGAAAUUGGGCCUUCAUUCAUAUACCCCCAUUUACAGAUGUGCGAAAUCGGAGUGUGGCCCCAGUCAACGUGUUUGGGGGCGAAUCAGCACCUUCUUAUAAAUAAUGUCUCAUUCGAGGCGCGCGGUGGUGAGGUUGUCGCGAUCAUGGCGACAUCUGAAGAAGAAGGAACCGCGUUGUUAGAUGUAAUCGCCGGAAAGACGAAACCGGCGGUCGGUGAUAUUAUUCUUAACGGACGCGGCGUUAGUGCCGGCAUUUUGAAGCCGCGAGUUGCAUACACUCAAAAUAACUCAAAUCUUUGCAAAGAUAUGACGGCGUUACAAACGCUCAGGUUUCACUAUGAUCUCAAAAGGCCCACAGCUAAAUUAGACCAUUUAAAAAUCGAUGCCAUGGAUAGGAUUAAUGUUUUAAUAGAAGACUUAGGAUUAGAACAAGUGAGAAAUACAAAGGUUUCGGCGAUGACGAUAUCGGAAACGCGCCGCCUAAAUGUAGCCUGUCACUUACUUUUGGACACAGACGUAGUGUUGCUGGAUCAACCGACGAAGGGAAUGGAUAUAUUUGACACAUUCUUCCUAAUAGAAUAUUUAAGACAGUGGGCCACGGGAGGAAGUGGAAAUUCGCUCGGUCGUAUAGUUAUAUUAACACUCCAUCCUCCGACUUACGAAAUAUUUACGAUGCUCUCACGCAUCGUCCUCAUUUCCGCGGGAAGAACGAUGUACAGCGGCAAAAGGAAGAACAUGAUCCCUUACUUCUCCAUGGUCGACUAUCCCUGCCCGUCCUUUAAAAACCCAUCAGAUUAUUACCUAGACUUAGUGACGCUAGACGACCUUUCGGCGGAAGCGAUGCUGGAAUCCUCGCAGCGCAUCGAACAACUAGCGGAACUGUUCCGGCAGAAACAGGAACCGAUGAGCGAUCCCGGUCCGCCCUCGCAACUUUCAAUGACCACGAAAAAUGUCAACUGUUUUGCUCAAGCCAUUGUUUUAUUUACACGAGCCAUGUUUUAUACUCAACCAAGCACGUUUAUCAACUGGAUCUUCUUAGUGAUAAUGUCGGCGAGCUUAUCGUUAAUAGUUGGUGCUAUAUUUUGGGAUGUGCCUAAUAGUGACUCUCAACUAAACUUAAACGAUAGACUUGGAUAUCACUACGUCGUGAUGUGUUUGACGGUUUGGCCGCUUAUUCUGACUUUAACGCUACGAGAACUGCGCAGAAAUGUCUUCACUGUUAACAGGGACAUACAAGAUGGGCUGUAUGGAAGACUAAUUUAUGUUAUUGUGAAGGUGAUAUUCAAUCUUCUGCCGUCGCUAUUCAUUUGGCUGGUAUACCUAGUGCCAAGUUACUCUAUGUGUGGACUGUAUAUGCAGGGCCCAAACAAUUACAAUGGUUUCUACAUAUACAUAGGGCUGAUGUUGCUAUACCUUAGUUGCGUCCAAAUUUUCGUUACGACAAUAGUCUACAUGGUUCCAUGUUCGAAGACGGCGACCAUUAUCUCCUGCGUAAUCUUCAGUGCAUUUUCAUUGUCAUCGGGAUAUCUUGUACAUUUUAAAGAUUUGACUGUAUACAUUGAAUGGUUGCGAUAUCUAAGCCCAACUUCGUGGCUCCUACCGUAUUUAAUAAAUCAAGAGCUAACACCCGAGGCCAUAGCAAGUAGUUUAGCCACGACUUUAUGUAGAAAUAAACAGGUGCAACACCAAGACAUUAUAGUGCAAUUACCUUGUCCCCCGCCAAAUGGAACGCAGGUUCUUUCGAAUUUUGGAUAUUUGGUCGGACAACACCACAGUUACGGCAAUCCUGCGAUCGCCAUGACUCUAUUUUAUGUUAUUUGUUUCGUAAUUACGAUCGGUGCUUUUGUAUUGAAUUGUAGAAGAACUAAGAACUUUCAGCCCUGGAGGCAACGCUAAAUUGUAUUUUAGGUUAAGCUAUUUAUAAUAGAAUACUGUGCCUAUAUACUUAACAUAAGUGUUUAUAAUAAGUAAAUAUUUUAAUUUAUACUAGAAGUUAGAAAAUAAAAUAAUACAAA